UUAUAAACACGACAUUAUCACGAAAACUGUUUAAUCUUCAAAGUGAGUUUACUUAUAUAACAGGACUAACAGAGGGUAAUACCAUGUUUCAGUAAAGACAUGAGUAUUUCUGUAAAGAUCUUGUUUUUUGCCAAAGCUAAAGAACUUUCAGGUUUAAAGGAAUCUCAAAUAACAUUGCCAGAAACAGUAAGUUACAAACAAUUGUUACAAGACGUAGUAAACAAAUAUAAUUUGAAACCAAUUGAGAAAAACAUCAUCAUUGCAUUGAAUCAGGAAUUCUCUGAGGCAGAUAAAAUUUUUAAACUAGAAGAAAGUGAUAUUAUUGCUGUUAUUCCUCCGUUGAGUGGUGGAUAAAAUGGAUUACUUAAAAUUCAGC